AUGCGAGAUCGUGGCGCGAGGGAGCGACCCACGAGUAUCCACGAGCUCGUAACGUCCGCGAGUGAGAGAGCCACCGAGGAUCGUUCUUCUUCGUGCUCCUUCGUCACGACGCACGAUCGAUCGGGCUUUAUGGAGACCCUCGAGGCGAGCCACGCGUGCCGCCUAUGCGGCAACAAGUCCGGUAUCUCCAUAAAUAUCUUCGACAAGAAGAAGAACCACCUCAGAAAGAUCAACGCCGUUCUACCGAUCAUGGUACACGAGAUGGAUUUAUUGCCGAAGUUGAUGUGUCAUCUCUGUAGCUUCAAGCUCGAAGAAUUUUACAAAUUUUAUUUGAAUUGUUUGAAGACGGAUGCACAUUUAAAGAGUCAAUUGUCCUGGAUGAAGAAGAAAGAAGAAUCGAAGGAAAGGAUCGGUACACCUAUGGUACAAAUAAAAAAUGUUAAGAUCAAGGUCGAGCCGAUCGAUUACGAGAUGUACGAUUUGGAUCCGAUCGUUAAGAACGUCGAUUAUAUAGAUUCCAUGAAAUCCAGGACGUUUCCUAUGAAUAGAUCGUCAAGAGCAUGUGGGAUUCGCGAGAAGAUGUCAUAUAAAACUUAUUGUCAAUGUUGUUGCGAUAAAAAAAAUCAAAGGGAACGAUCGAUAUCAAAGGAAUAUAAAAGAUCUUGUCCUACAGAGAAAUCUACGAAUGACGAAAGAAAUGUUGAAACUAGAACCGUUGCUGAUGAUUCAUUGGAAACCAUUAGAAACGAUAUUUUACCUAGUCCGUAUUCCAAAAGAAUUUCUAUAAAUAGUUUAACCGAAGGAAAGAACGAAAUGAUCGGCACGGAUAUACCUGGGAACGACGAUAAGAUCUAUAGAAAUCGUCGCAUAAAAGGUGAGGUAUUAAGGAAUCCCUUGACCUGUAUUUUACGACCUAGAAAAAUUUCCGUUAAUUAUGUAGAAACGAGGAAGAAAUUACAUAGUACCUUUAAAGUGCAUAACGGUGCAAAGUCAAGCGACGAUGUUCGUAGGACGACGUCGUCCUUGGCCGAGGAGGCAACAACAAGUAUUACGCCAACGAUAAAAAUCGAGAAGGAGGAGGAAGAAGAGAUGGAAGAGAUGGAGUUGGAAGUAGAGGAUGAAGAUGAAAAUGUGAAAGAGGAGGGUGACGGAGAGAUGGAAGAAAAGGAAGAAGAAGAAAAAGAAGAAGAAGAAGAAGAAGAAACGAAGAAGAUAACAAAUUUCGAAGGGCGCACGUUGAGACCGCGCAAAGGGACGAUCGAUUAUAACGAAAGGAAAAGGAAGACUUUGGAUAGUUUGUAUCGGCCGUUAUCGCACGAUAUUAAUCUUAUUAGUGGUAAAAAACAAAAAGUUGAAAAUAUUACGGACGAAUGGAGGAGAUUGGAGAAAACGAAACAGAAGACAAAAUCUAUGGAGAAGAACGUUAAAGUGAAGAUAAAGGAAGAAAUCAUCGACGAUCUCGAGAAUAUACUUGUCGAUCAUUCCGAGAAGUAUAAAACGCGUAAAUCGAUGAAAAAUUCAUCCCUAAGUAUCGACCCUACCCCUACAAAAAUUCUUCCGAAGACUACAGAAUCGAAAUUCGUACCGACAACGAGUCAUCUACGAGAAUCUAGGGAUAGUUCGCAUUUCUCCGAUAAAUUAGAAUCCUUGCCAAAGGUAUUAAGCAAAUCGAAUAAAAUAGUCGCGAAAUGUAAAAAGAGUUUACCUAUGGUAAGCCAAUCGUUAAAAUAUUUAAGGAGUCAUAAUUUUUAUCUUAGAAGUGGUAAAAUCAAAAACUUUCCUGCCGAUGUCGAUAUAUUGCCAGAGGCAUCGAGACGUAACGCGAAACAAGUUAAGUCUCGAAACGAUCUAAAGAUUAAGAAAGAUCUUUCGAAUAUCGAUGAUAAUUCUUCUUCUAGUACAAAUGUUCCUUCAUCUGUUAACCUGAAACAUUAUUGCGAACAAUGUAAUAUAAGUUUCGCAAACAAAGAACUUUACAAGUUGCAUUCUUGUUACGGUUGAUCUCUCUUUCUCUCUCUGUUUCUCUUUCUGUCUUUUUUUUUUUUCUUUUUUUUUAUUUCCUUUCAUUUUGUCUUCUCUCUUCUUUUUAUUAGGUACGAUGAUCUCUUCCUUCAUUUUUUUUUUCCUUUUUAAUUUUUACUUUUAUUUCUAUUUUGUAUUAUGAUAUAGCACAAAGGUUAACGUAUUUUUCAUUACCCAUAUGUCGUACACGUAUACCAUACAACUCAAUCGAUCGUGCACGUGUAUGUGUGCGCGCGCGCGCGUUAACAUUUUUAUUAAACUAUCUAAGAGUUUGUAUAUACGGAGAUUAAUAUUGACAUAUCGUGUGUUGAAAAGAGAUAUAUUCGUCGAUAGAUUAUGAUAAAUGCGUAAGGCCAAAGCAAUUGUAAAGUUGAUUUUAAAGAUAGUACCUUUAUAUAUAUUUUUUUCUUCUUCUUUUUUUUUUUUCUUUUUUUCUUCUGAUUAACAAGUCGUAUCUUAGAGUAUUGAGAUAAUGAACGAUAAAUACGGACCAUACGUACAUAUAUUUUUUUUUGUUUAAAGAUGCAAAUCAUUUACUAAUUACUAUCAUUACUAUUUCUUCGUGCAGAAAAAUAUAUAAAUACAUACAUACAUACAUACAUACAUACAUACAAUAAAUAUAAAUAUAUACAUAUAUACAACACACAUAUAUACAUACAUAUAUAUAUACAUACCAUACAUAAAUCAUACAUACAUACAUACAUACACAAUACAUACAUACAUACUUGUUACUUGUUACUUGUUUAUCCGUAGAGUAUACGGACGUGAUACAAAUGUAAUGCAAUACGCUUAAGAAUAUAAAUAGAGAUUCACAUAUCGCCUUUGUAAUUGAAAAAAAAAACAAAUAUAUAUAUAUGUAUAUAAAUAUUUUAUGAUAAAGAAAAGAUAUAAAAUAGAUUACAUGGUUAAUUUUUGUGAUUUUUGUGAUAUAUAUAUAUAUAUAUAUAUAUAUAUAUAUAUAUAUAUAUAUAGUUAUGCUACCUGUAUGUGUGCGUGUGUCUGGUAACUGGUAUGAACAAUAAACGAAAAACUUUUUAAAAAGCGAGAUUAUGUAUAUUAUCACAAAAAAAAAGAAAAGAAAAUAGAUUUUCUAUUUCAAAUCGAAUUUAUAAUAGAAACAAUCAAAUUGCGUAUGCGAAUUAUUCUAUCACGAAUACAAUGUGCAUUAAAUACCAUAUAAAUCGAUGGAAUAGGACGAUAAUUUCGACAUUUGCAUGUUUUAGUAAAAAUAUAAAAUAGGACGUUUUAAAAGAUUGAACACUUAGAGUGUCACGUUUAUUCAUUCACGAUUGAGCGAGAAAGAAAGAUGCAUAUUUUUUACAAGUAAAUGUUUAGUAACGUAGUUUUUUUUUUUUAAAUUAUUUCAUUAGAUACUUAUACGUCGACUGAUGAUUAAAUAUUCCUUUUUGUAAUGCGAUUAGAAAAAAAAUUUUAACUUCGAUUACCUAAGAAAAAUCAAGGUAAACGUUCGUUACAUACUUAUAAAUUUUUAGUCAUUGCUAAGACUAACCUGAAAAUAUACUUGGCACUCCAAGCGUUAAUAAAGAAAUGAAAGAAUAAAAAAAAAUGUAUAAAAACCUUAUCGAACGAAUAUGGAUAAAUAAAAAAUCGCUGUUUGAUCCGACGUUAUGGUGAAACAAACAAAAAAAAAAAAGAACAAAAAGGAAAAGAAAAAAAAAAGAAAUAAUCGUUCUUAUCAAUGAUUGUUUUUAACGUUGGUACUUACUCGUUAGAUUACGAUCUGUUAUUCUUUGAUAUUUAAUCGUAAGACAAUCAACAAUCGAUCGAGGGUUGAUCAUAAAUUAAAAUAUUUUGUCAUUUA